AUGAAUAAAUCAAAAAAUUUAUUAAAUAAAGUUGUUGAGUUAAAUAACAGAUUCUCAUUGAAAUAUAAAGAAUUUAUGGAUGACAUUGAAACUAAAUUAGGAAGUAAGAAUAUUGAGCAAGUAGGAGAUUCUAUCUCAAUAGGAAUGAGUAUUUUUAUUCCGAUUCUUUAUUUUACAAGAAUUAUAGAUUAA